AUGCCAGCGGUGCGGUGUUUCUUUCCCGAAGACACGGUAGAGCAGAAGUUACACAUAGAGAGGAAGCUUGGUCGUGUGAAAGCACGCAAGUAUUUUGAUCUGCUGCAGAGAUUUUUGAGUCUCAGAAUUAGCAAAAGUGAAUUUGAUAGGAUCUGCAUAGCAACUAUUGGUAGAGAAAAUGUCCCUCUUCAUAAUCAUUUGCUCAAGUCAAUCCUGAGAAAAGCAUUUCUCUCCAAGACAGCCGGACCAAGAAAAAAUAAAGUAGAAAGUUCUUUAAAUGUGAAAACACCGAAUGGGUGUAGCAGUCUUCAAUUUCUGUGCAAGGAUUUACCACAGUCUCCUCGAAGAGGCCGGACUCCAAAUUUGCGUGAUCGCAGAUCCAGGGACCGUCCUAGUCCUCUCGGUCCUCAUGGAAAGAACAACAACUUUGGGUCUGAAGAUUCAGCUGCAAAAAUUCACGAGCAGCAAAGCAUUGUCGAUCUGCAAUCCCCAGGGAGUAGACUAUCUCUCCCUGUGGAAGAUGAGGAGGAGGUUGACCAGGAUUCUGAAAUCCUGAACCUUCAUAAAAGGGGUCCAAUUGAAGCACCUCUGGCUAUUCCAACUUACAAUAGAAGACAGCAAAAAAAUUUAUCCAAAGGAGUAUCACUUGAUACUGUAAGUGAUACCUGUCAAAGCAUAGGUCACUUACCUGAUGCAUGUUAUUUGACCAAAAUGUUGGAGCAAAAAUUGAAAGCAGAAGGAUGUAAGAUGUCUUUGGAUGCAGCCAACUUGCUAAAUAAUGCACUUGAUCUUUACCUCAAAAGAUUGAUAAAGCCCUGUUUGGAUUUAGCUGCUUCAAAGUCUGUAAAUAAGUUCAGUGCUUCAAUCCAACCUGGUUUGAAGGAGCUGCCAGUGAGAAGGGGUGUGCAAAAGCCUAUUGGAUCUGCUUCUGUAUCUAUGUCUGACUUUAGAGCAGCAAUAGAGUUGACUCCUAAUAUAUUAGGGAAAGAUUGGCCACUAAAUUUGGAGAAGGUUUGUCUACGUGAAUUAGAAGAAUGA